AUGCCCUGCAAGAAGGAUGUAGCUGGUGAUCAACAUUCAGUGUCUUGUCAGUGUUGGAAGAGYUACUCUGGAGCRGCUGCAGUGUGUCUGGGGCUGCUGUGUGUUCUCCUACUGGCUGGGAUCACAGGCCUGUUACUCUACCAGAGAAACCAAUUGACCUGUUCCAACACCCUGACCAAAGAGAGGGACCAGUUACAGACCAGCGGAAACAACCGGACUGAAAAGAGACACCAGCUACAGACUAGCCACAACACGCUGACCAAAGAGAGAGACCAGCUACAGACCAGUUACAACACCCUGACCAAAGAGAGAGACCAGCUACAGACCAGUUACAACACCCUGACCAAAGAGAGAGACCAGUUACAGAAAGAGAUAGAAAGUCUGCAAAAAUCUACUGUUGAGAAAGUGUGUCCUCGAGGUUGGAAGAAGCUUGGUAGCAGUUGUUACUACGUCUCUACUGAGUUAAAAUCCUGGGAGGAAAGCAGACAGGACUGCAGAGACAGAGGAGCAGACCUGGUGGUCAUCAAGAGCCAAGAACAACAGAUAUUUGUCAACUGGUUAUGUGGACGAAAGGACUAUGUCUGGAUUGGUCUGACUGACUCUGUUACUGAGGGGGCCUGGAAAUGGGUGGACGACACACCACUGACCACAACGUAUUGGAACAGUGGAGAGCCUAAUGGUGGAAGAGCUGAGAACUGUGUGUAUUUCUACUCCUCGUCAUCAGACACAGGAGAAUGGUGGGACUAUGACUGUUCCUAUAAAUACAGAUGGAUCUGUGAGAAAUAGGAUUCAUCCUCUGUACUCUCUGAACUGCUAAAUAAGAUUAUGCUAAGUACUAUCAAUCAUAAACUAUUUUCUGCUCAUUCAAUUUACSUUGUCAAGUACAUACAAUAUAUAACAAUACAAAUGUAUAAUACAUUAUAAUAAAAAUAACAUAAUAUAUGCAAUAACAAUACAAUGAAUUGAUAACAGAAGGACUGUUCUCUCUGUUGUCGUGGAAAUUCACCACUAAGGACUCAAAUUCAAAGGAAAUUAAUCAAUCUUUAUUAUCACAGUCAUAGAGGUUCAUUGAUGUUCAUUUUUAUUUGUAUUA